AUGUCCACAGCUCAGAACCUCUCCUUCGUCCUCGAGGGCAUUCACAAGGUCAAAUUUGAAGAUCGACCAGUGCCCGAAAUCCAAAACCCCCACGAUGUGAUCAUCAACGUCAAGUUCACCGGUAUCUGCGGCAGUGAUGUUCACUACUGGGAACACGGUGCCAUUGGUAACUUCAUCGUCAAAGACCCCAUGGUCCUCGGACACGAAUCAGCAGGUAUCAUUAGCAAAGUUGGAUCAGCCGUCAAGAGCCUGAAGGUCGGCGACCGAGUCGCCAUGGAGCCCGGUAUCUCAUGCCGUCGCUGCGAACCCUGCAAGGCUGGCAAGUACAACCUUUGCGAAAACAUGCAGUUCGCCGCCACCCCACCCUACGACGGAACCCUCGCCAAGUACUACGUUCUGCCCGAAGACUUUUGCUACAAGCUGCCCGAGAACCUCACUUUGCAGGAGGGUGCCUUGAUGGAGCCGCUCAGCGUUGCAGUGCAUAUUGUCCGCCAGGCUGGUGUCACUCCCGGGCAGUCGGUGGUCGUCUUCGGCGCUGGCCCCGUUGGCCUGCUGUGCUGUGCGGUCGCGACUGCAUUCGGCGCCUCCAAGGUCAUUGCGGUGGAUAUCCAGCAGCAACGUCUGGACUUUGCAAAGGAAUAUGCCACCACCUCCACUUUUAUGCCCGGCAAGGUCAGCGCAAUUGAGAAUGCCGAGCGCCUGAGGUCUGAGAAUGGUCUGAGCGCUGGCGCUGAUGUGGCGAUUGAUGCUUCGGGUGCCGAGCCCUCGGUGCACACCGGCAUUCACGUCCUCCGCAACGGAGGUACCUAUGUCCAGGGUGGCAUGGGUCGCAGCGAGAUCCAGUUCCCCAUCAUGGCGGCUUGCUCCAAGGAGUUGAACAUCAAGGGUAGCUUCCGCUAUGGAAGUGGAGACUACAAGCUUGCUGUGAACUUGGUGGCAUCUGGCAAGGUGGAUGUGAAGAAGCUGAUCACUGGCACAGUCAAGUUCGAGGAGGCUGAGGAGGCCUUCACGCAAGUUAAGGCUGGCAAGGGAAUCAAGACUCUGAUUGCUGGCAUUGAUGAGUAA